UUUGAAACGGUAUUUUAAUUAAACAACGUAAUAUAGAAAUAUAUAAACUUAACAAUUUGAGGACUUGACUAAUUUAUCAGUAGUUACAUAAAACUAAAAUAAAAAUGUAAGAAAUUGUCUUGUACCUAAUACUUUUAAAGAGAUUAAUAUCGACUCAAGGUUCGAAAGCAGCAAGGUUACGUCAGAUAUAAGUAUGUUUUCGAAUUAUGGAAAAUCAAACGACAGAACGGGUGCCUCGGGAAAGAUAAAUCCGCUUGUUUUCCUUAUCAAGAUUAUUGGUGCGAUAAAAAUAUCCGAGCCAAACACAGAGCUAUAGUCUAUUACUUAUCACGAGGGUGCUGCGAGCGUACGUCAGAAUGUUAGGCAAAAUCUUUACUACAGUUAAAUAUACUUUAGUUUCAGUGAAUUUUCUUUUCUUGAUAACGGGCAUAAUUAUUUUGGCCGUUGGUAGUUCAGUUCAAUCUGCAUACAAUGGCUACCACCAAUUCUUAUCCGAGCGGUUCUUUUCCCUUCCCGCGUUUUGUGUUGCAACGGGAGUCAUCAUUUUCCUCAUCGCCUUCGCCGGGUUCUAUGGAGCCUUCAUGGAAAACUAUUAUGUGAUAAUGGUGUUCAUUGGAGGUAUAAUAGUGAUGUUCGUUUUCCAACUGUCCGCAUGCAUUGCUGGUUAUGUUCUGAAGGGAAAUACAGUGGCCCUUGUACAGAAGGAACUGUUGAACACAAUGGAUUUAUACGGCCCUAACUUUGAGGUCACGAAACUAUGGGAUGAAGUGCAGAAGGAUUUCACCUGCUGCGGUGUCCUCAACUCGAGUGACUGGAUCCAGCACCUGAACACAGAAGACACUCUCGGUGUGCCCGUCAGCUGCUGUAAGCACCCAUACGGCACCAUACAGACCUUGACCUGUAAUACCACGAUCGCGUACGGUGUUGGAUGCUCUGAUGCGUUUGGAAGCUGGGUCAAGUCGCACGCUGGUACUAUUGGCCUUGCUGGGGUGUUCUUAGUGGUGAUGCAGGCUUUAGCGGUGGUUGGAGCGUUAUGGCUGGCGAACAUAACGCGGCAAGAGAGAGAAUUCCCUAAUUAGAUAAUAAUAUGUAGAUUAUAUAAUAAUUCAUCAAAAUAAUUAUUAUUUAAAGAUAUAUGGAACCCGAUUGUUUGAAAACUUUUGACAAAUGGCUGUAAAAAGAAAAUGUUUUACUUUGUCUAUGAUUUUUUAUAGUUACACUUUUACACAAUUAAUAAGAAAUUGCACUAAGCUGUUCGUAAGUACUGAAAUGUUAAAAAAAAUGUUUUUACGUAAGGACAAUAGUACAUAUUAUAGUAUUACCUACAUUCAAAAACAUAACCCAUUUUUAGCGCGGUCGGGUAUUAUUGUGUGAUGUCUUGUUGACUUUAUUAAUAAAUAAUAAUCGAGUGAUUGUUUAGUCAUUAUUUAGAAAUAAAUUAAAGAUAUUUUGUGUUCCACUAUAUAAAUUAUUGUUGUGUUUUAAAAUUUUAAUG